AUGGCCCGAGAACCAAAAUCAUAUCAUCGCCAUUUUGGCAUCUACAUUCUUUCAGAGAAAAAGAAAAUGCAUCCAAAUCAAGUAGAUAACCCACCGCUACCCCCUCCUGUCGUCGGGGCCCACCCACCCAGCGUCCAAAUACAACCUCUCCAAAACGCCCCGACAAGCCUCAAAAGCUUCACAAUCGCCCUUCCAACCCCAAUUGCCGCAUACAUCUUCUCCACAGCCGCGUGCCAGCCCCGCGGCAUCUCUACGCCGGCCCGCCCUCGAUGCCGCAAGCAGCAAAGACGCCGAGACGAACUGGAUCCGCAUCUGCAUCCACCACCCAAGAGCCAUACCCAGCUAAGCAAAGACACUGAGCAGAUAUAA